GUGUGAGCAGUGAGCACCGCACUCAUUCAGGCCCAUUCAGCGUGCAAUGAGAGAGUGAGAGCUAUAUUGGUUUCUAUGUCCGCUUGACAGUGACAUUUCAUGUGUUUUUAGUCGCACAAUCACAAAAAAAAAUCAUUUGAUCGUGUGAAAACGAAUUGCAUAUUCCUAUAUGUGAUUGAAAAUUGUAUAUAAUCGAAUGGUAAUCAAGUGCAUUCAUUGCCGCUCAAAUUUAUAUUUUCAGUCAACCAAUUUCGUGCGAAAUUCAGAGUUUGAAAUUUAUUUAUUUUUUUUUCAAUCUAUUGGCAAAUAUUUUGUUUUUUUUGUGGCAACGCAAUCGAAAGUUCCUCGAAUUUGGAUUUUCUUUAUAUUGCAAAUUAAAUUGUCAAGUCAAUUAAUAGAGGGAUUCGCUUAGGAAUCGAACUUAUUUCUAAUUUUACAUUCGUUGUCGACACACAACAUUCAGAGCUGAGAAGAAGAAUAGCAAAGGAGUAAGGUGAAAUGUCGCUAAAACCAAAACGCGUCAACUUUGAAGAAACAUGGAAGGAACUGAAGCAAACGGUCAAAGAUGUCAUCACAAUGGGCAAUGUGAAUAAAACCAUUUGGAAUGAUCGUUUUCUUGAUGUCUACUCGUUGUGUGUUGCAUUUCCCGAGCCGUUGGCCGAUAAGCUGUACAAUGAAACGAAGCAAUUUCUGGAGUCACAUGUGCAUAAUUUGCUAGCAACAAAAGUUGCACCAUCGGAAAAUGACAAUGCAAACGAUUACAAUAUGGUGAACGAUACAUUGCUGCAGCGUUACUAUGCCGCUUGGAUUGAAUACAGUCAGGGUGUGGAAUACCUAAACUUUUUAUACAUGUAUUUGAAUCAGCAGCAUAUCAAACGUAACAAACACACGGCCGAAGUGGAGUUCACGUACGGUCAAGUGGGCACUGAAAAUCAAGAGCUCAUGGAAAUCGGUGAAUUGGGACUGGAUAUUUGGCGUGGCUGUAUGAUAAAAUCGUUGGGCGAAGAAAUUGUUAAACAAAUUCUGGAAGCCAUUUAUGCCGAUCGAAUUGGCAAUGAUCUGGGCUCGAACAGUGCACAAGUGAUUUAUGGCAUCAUUCAGAGUUUUGUACAAGUUCAGAAUUACAAAAAGAAAGGCAAUUUAAAUUUGUACCAAGAACUAUUCGAAGCACCGAUGCUGGCGGCUAGCGGUGAAUAUUACAAAAGCGAAGCGGCACAAUUGCUGCAACGUUGCACGGUUAGUGAGUAUAUGGAAGAGGUACUUAAACGAUUGGAGGAUGAAAAUCGUCGGGCACAUAAAUUUUUCCAUGGAAGUACAAUACCAAAACUUCGGCAAGAAUGUGAACUUCGAAUGAUUACCGAUCACCUGGACUUUUUACACUCGGACUGCAAAGAGAUGGUGUCGCAAGAGAAACGCGUUGAUUUGCACAACAUGUACGUUUUGCUCAAGCCUAUUCCCGACGGUCUCAAGACACUCAUUCAAGCAUUUUUGGAUCACAUCAAAAACGAAGGCAUCGAAACUAUUUCAACGCUAAAAGGCGAUACGAUUCACAUCCAAUUCGUUGAAAAUAUGCUAAAAGUGCAUCACAAAUAUGAGCAAAUGAUAGCCGAACUCUUUAAAAAUGAUCCGCUAUUUUUGAGUGCAUUAGAUCGUGCCUGUGCCAGUGUCAUCAACAAGCGUAUCAACGACAAGCAGCAAUGUCGUAGCGCCGAAUUGGUGGCCAAAUACUGUGAUAGCCUACUGAAAAAAUCAAAAACAACCGAAAUUGAAAUCGACUCAAAACUCACCAGCAGCAUCACCAUAUUCAAAUAUAUCGAAGAUAAAGAUGUCUACCAGAAAUUCUAUAGCCGAAUGUUGGCCAAACGUUUGAUUCACGAACAAUCUCAAAGCAUGGACACCGAAGAGGCCAUGAUUAAUCGAUUAAAACAAGCGUGUGGCUAUGAGUUCACCAAUAAACUGCACCGGAUGUUUACCGAUAUCUCCGUGUCAACAGAUCUAAAUAACAAAUUCAACGCACAUUUGAAAGACAAAAACGUAGAAUUAGGUAUCAAUUUAUCAAUUAAAGUGCUUCAAGCUGGUGCAUGGCCGCUGGGACCGACACAGACGACAAUACCAUUCGCCAUACCACACGAAUUUGAAAAAGCGAUCCGAAUGUUUGAAACAUUUUACCACGAAAACUUUAACGGACGCAAACUAACGUGGUUACACUAUUUGUGCCAGGGUGAAUUGAAAUUAUCCUAUUUGAAGAAACCCUACAUUAUUACGAUGCAAACGUAUCAAAUGGCCAUUUUGUUGUUGUUCGAAAAUGUUGACGUUAUGACGUGCAAAGAAAUACAGGAAACGCUUGAAUUGAAUGCGGACACCUUUCAAAAGCAUAUGCAAAGUUUAAUCGAAUCAAAGUUACUGUUAGCCAGCUCCGAGCAACUUGAAGGCAGCACAGAAAUCAAACUGAAUUUGGAUUACUCGAACAAGCGUACGAAAUUCAAAAUUACCGCUGCAUUGCAGCGUGAAACACCGCAAGAAGUUGAACACACUAUGAGUGCCGUCGAUGAAGAUCGCAAGCUAUACCUCCAAGCAGCCAUUGUGCGGAUUAUGAAAUCACGCAAAAUACUCAAACAUAAUGCGCUUAUUCAGGAGAUCCUAUCCCAAUCAAAAGUAACAUUUGCACCGACUAUUUCAAUGAUCAAAAAAUGUAUCGAAUCGCUAAUCGACAAACAGUACAUUGAGCGAACGUCAACCGGCAGCGACGAGUACAGCUAUGUAGCCUAAAUGGAUGAAAGAGGGAGAGACAGAGAGAGAGAGAGAAUUCUUCAAAGCUGGGAAAAGAAUAAACACCAGAAAUUGAAAAACCAAAUUCGAUCUGUAUUUGAUGCAAGGCAUGGGAAACACAACAAAUAAAACAAACAAACAAAACGAAAUAAGAGUUUAGCUUGUAAGCAGAGUUUUUCAAACGUAUCUUUUGUACAAAUGUCUCUUUGUACUGCGAGUGUUUCAUCGGAUUCUUUUUUUGUCGUUUCCUUUUUCUUUUCUUUUUAAAUCAUUUCGACCCAAUUCGACGGAACGGAGUUCAUAUUUUUUAUUCGAAUCCACAUUAAAUUAUCCAACACAUAGAACAAUAGUCUUCAUUUUUCACACAGAAUUUUUUCUUCUCUUCUAAUUUAUCGAUUACUUUCGUAUUUAUACAUUUCAAAUAUCAUUUAACGUUUGAACGAAGAAAAUAUUGCAUUUCAUCAUUUACUUUUCGAGUGUAACACGCAGAACUUUUUAAUAAAUUUUAGUUUUAAUGAACAGUUGAACAAUUUACAACAUAAAAAAGUGAGGACAAAAACAAAAUACAAGGAAAAAAUGAGUUGAAGAAAAAAGUUAAUAAAUGUGAAUAGAAUAAUGGAA